AUGUCAAAUAAUGAGAACUUAUCAUCAUCAUCGACAGUCUACCAUAAGAAACAAGCCAAUUAUCAUGAUAAAAGAAACGUUUUAAAUAAAUCAAAUUUAAUAGAACCCAUCAUACGACAUCGUAUUCAAGAUUCAUUAUUUUAUAAACAAUAUUUAUAUUUAACAAACGAAUCAACAAUUUUAACAAUUAUAACAAAACAUAUAAAUUAUAUUGGAGGUGUUGAUUCAAUAGGUAGGCCGUCUCCUUUUUUACAAUGUCUACUGAGAUUAUUGGAGAUCGAACCGUCUUUUGAGAUUAUACGAAUUUAUUUAAAUCAAUUGGAUUUUAAUGAAUUUAAAUAUCUAACUUGCUUAACACUACUAUAUAUUAGAUUAGUAUACAAAUCAGAGGAGAUCUAUACCAUUUUUGAUUCAUAUUUGAAAGAUUACAGGAAACUAAAAUUUAAGUAUAAAAGUCCGAAAUUGAAUGAAUUUAAACAACCAAUUUAUUUUGCAAUUAUUUAUAUGGAUGAAUUCAUUGAUGACUUAUUAAAUAAUGAUAGAGUUUUUGAUAUCAUUUUACCAAGAUUAAUACCAAGACUUAGCUUAGUUGAAAAAGGAUUAAUUGCACCUAGACAAUAUUUUGUUGAUGAAGAUGAAAUACAAAAGGAAAGUUUCGAAGAUGGUGAAGAACUAAUAGAGGCUAGUGAAAUUGACGAUGAGAAUGAGAGCUCAUAUCAAAGUGAUAGUGAUUAA